AUGACCACCACCACGGCCGGUGUAGUCCCUCGCCCCUCGGCCGAUGGCGGAAGACCAACCUCUCGCUUCCAGGAGGGAUCCAUGAACGACAGGUGCAGCGCCGCCCCUCCUGUACAAUUUCUAGGGCCCGAAGAGGCUGCCGAGUAUGAGAAGCAGUUCUAUGGCCAAGCAGAAAACAAGAACCACGUCGCGCAGCCGCCCCAACGGGCCCCGCGACGUGUUAGAAGCAUCAGUAGGCGCCGCGAGCGGCCCAUGUCUGCCCAGGCUCAGCUCCAGACGCUGCCCUAUGACACACUGCGCCUUCGACAAGGACAACUCGAGCAGCUUGAGCAAUCGCAGGACUUGAAGAUGGAAGACGUGCAAAAGAAGCCCGGCCUUCUUGGUCGUGUGCGCGAGGUUUUAUUCGGCAAGCCUACGGGUACCAAGUCGGUCCUGAGCAAUGUGCAAAACGAGAUGGACAAGAGGACAAGCUUGCAGCAACCGCCAACAUCGUACACGCAACAGCAACACCAGCCAAUGUUGCUAACCGGAGCAAUGCCCGCUCCUGCCCGCCCCAUCCCGAUACCCGUUCAACGGGGAGGCAUGGCGAAAUCCCAGAGCUCGUCACAGAUCCCACAACUACCCGCCAGCUUCCAUGGCUCGGGCGGUCCCAAUAUGAGCGAUCGUCCCACCAAGGAAGAAAUCAUGGCGUCCUACAAUGAGCUCAUGGCUACGGGCUUCUUCAAGGCUCAUGCCAUCCAGUCCACACGUCAGCCCGCUCCGGGCUCUGUACCAAACCAUGUCUCUCGUGGACUGCCCCCACUGUCCACCAUUCCAUCCUUAGAUCGUCCGUCAUUAGAGCAGGCUUCUAAGCGGUCUUCCUUUACCAUGCCGCCGUCGCCCGGCAUUAGAGAAUUUGCGAUACCGCCGAUGCCUUCUAGCCUACCACCGCCUCCUCCGCUCUUUCCGGAAACGAAUCAGGUCAAGGUGAAACCAUCCUGGGAAAGUUUUCGAAAGGGAUUUCGAGGACGGAAGCGUGCCCGUGGCGACUCUUGGGAUGAUAAUGUCUCCGAGGUCGCGUCCAUGGUCUCUCAGCAGCUACCUUCUUCGUCGACCGCGGAACACAUUGCUACACAGGUGGGUGGGAUCAGCCGACGUGUGUCAAAGAAGCUGCGCAAGAUGCCCAGCGCCCUGGCCAGCCAACUGCAAACAAAGAGCGACGGCAUGAUCCGCAUUGUUCCAACGGUAGCUGACGGGCCGGAGACAGACAGCGAAGAGAAAAACGUCUAUUUCAGUCCUGGUGCACCGGGAAUGGAGACUGGUCUAAGGGUUCGCUCAGUCUCCAAGCGUCUGCAGAAGAGAAACGAGAACGGCAAAGGCCCCUCGAGGCCCCCCGUCACAUUGGACAAAUAUUUGGGCUCCACGGCAAUCAGGCACAGCGAAGAUCAUCAGUACGGCACCACCAACUGGGAGCCCAUGGAUGUCGACAGUGGCACUCACUCUCGGAGCUCGGUGGACAGUUUGCAGCCAGACCACCAUUUUGAGAGUGCCUACCAUACGUCUUCUGAUGGGCAGUCUGUCCUUACAGCCGAGCCUCUAUGUAUCGUGCCAGAUUUGAACAAGGGAAUCCCUUCUGUCCCCUCUAUCCCAAAACUCUACAAACAUGAAAGAAUGAGCGUGGAUGAGAACGAGAUCAUCCCAAUCACGUAUGGACAAGCGCUAUAG